AUGCACUUUCAAUCGCGCGUGUCCACAACCAACGUUCAGGAACUUCUCUUCGCCGACGACUGCGCCCUGAACACCACCUCCGAAGCGGAGAUGCAACGGAGCAUGGACCUGUUCUCCGCCGCCUGCGAGAAAUUCGGACUGGUCAUCAACACGCAGAAGACGGUGGUGAUGCAUCAACCGUCACCCAACUCAGUCACACCCCCCCCCCAACGCGCCGCAAAUCAGCGUGAACGGAACCCAACUGCAAGUGGUGGAGAACUUCCCGUACCUGGGCAGUACCCUCUCCCGCAACACCGAGAUCGAUGAUGAAGUCGCCAACAGGAUCUCGAAAGCCAGUCAAGCCUUCGGCCGCUUCCAAAGCACAGUUUUGAAUCGCCAUGGUCUCCAACUGAGCACGAAGCUAAAGAUGUACAAGGCCGUCAUCCUGCCGACGCUACUGUACGGAGCGGAGACUUGGACAGUGUACACGAAGCAGGCACGCCGACUUAACCACUUCCAUCUCAGUUGUCUCCGUCGCAUCCUGAGACUGAACUGGAUCGAAUCGCCGACACUGAUGUGCUGGAACGGACGAGAAUCGUCAGCAUCUACACCAUGCUGAGACUCUUAUACGGAGACGUCGCGGCGGGUUCUCGCCGUCAAGGAGGUCGAAUUCGCCGAUACAAGGGCACUCUGAAGUCCUCCCUGAAGCAUCUGCAAAUCAACCCGACCAAGUGGGAAGAGCUCGCACUCGACCGACCGACCUGGAGGAGGACAGUGAAAACAGGCGCUGCGAUCUACGAAGCCAACCGCAUCGCCGCCGCCAAAGCGAAACGCGAAGCACGCAAAUCACAACAGCGCCAAGUACGCAACGCCGACGCACAACCGCUACCAACGUGUCCUCGAUGUCAACGGACAUUCCGGGCUCCAAUCGGACUUGUUGGACAUCUUCGGAUCAAUUGCGCCUCUCGAACUGCACCAACCAUCGUCUCCCUGCCCGCCUCUUCCUCGUCCUCUCUGCCACCAAAUGAUUCCGACAAUUCUUCUGAACCGUCACUCUCACCCUCCUCCUCCUCCUCCUCCUCCUCCACUCUCUCAACGACGGCCGCUCAGGCGGGCGUCUCGCACAUCACCAACCCUGACACAACAACCGACACCACCCCCACUUCCUCCGACUCCAGCGAUGAGGAUCAGGACUACACCUGCUCUCACUGCGACCGCACCUUCACCUCACACAUCGGCCUGGUCGGUCACUUGCGAAUCCAUCGCACAGAGACUGGCGGACCAGUGCCUGGAGCACCAACCUAUACCCACCAAGCUCGUCUCAACCGCCCACACUGUCCCCGCACUUUCAGGCACCGCAUGGGUCUAUUCGGCCACAUGCGCAUCCACGAGAGCGGAAUUGACCGCAGUACCGACUCAUUCCUCAUGCCAAACCCCACCACCACUUCACCACCCUGCGCCCCCACUGCCCUUUCCGCAGCUGACACCGACGCCACCGACUUUAUCUGCCCACACUGUCCACGCGCAUUCAACUCUCGCAUCAGCCUGGUCGGUCACUUGCGAAUCCAUCGCACAGAGACUGGCGAACCAGUACCUGGAGCCCCAACCUACACCCACCGCACUCGCCUCUACUGCCCACACUUUCCUCGCACUUUCAAGCAUCGCAUGGGCCUCUUCGGCCACAUGCGCAUCCACGAGAGCGGAAUUGACCGCAAUUCUGACACACCCACCACAUCCAACACAGCCACCAUGCCCAGCCCCAUCCUCGGACCUUCGCCCUACGCGCCCAUAACCACCACCGCCUCCUCUUUAGCUGAAACCGACACCGCCGACUUCUCAUGCCCACACUGUCCACGCACAUCCACCUCACGCAUUGGCCUGUUCGGUCACUUGCGAAUGCCUCGCACGGGGACUGGCAAACCAGUGCCUGGAGCACCAACCUAUACCCACCAAGCUCGUCUCAACCGCCCACACUGUCCCCGCACUUUCAGGCACCGCAUGGGCCUAUUCGGCCACAUGCGCAUCCACGACGACCUGCGGUAG